UCAAGACGGUGGUCUUAUCAUCCUUAAAGCUUAUAUACAAAAAAGACUCCUACAUCUGCCUGUUUUCCUUUUUUAGUUCGAUACGAAUGGCAAAACAUCUGAGUCGAACCUGGGCUACGAAGGAAUUCGGCUCCUCCUUCACGGUUGGUAUUAUCCCAACACUUCGGGAUAACUUUUCGUAUCUUAUUCAAGAUCUGAGUACUGGGACUUACGCGGUGGUGGAUUUGAAUACCGACUUCGAUCCGAUACUCCGCUACAUUCAGAAGGAAAAGCUCGGCAAGAGUAAUAACAUUCCAUGGGCGGUGAGCACAGUGCUAACCACACACAAACACUGGGAUCACGCUGGCGGGAACGCGGAAUGCGGGCGCCUGUGUAGCGGAAGCGCAGCUCGACCGACAAUAGUCGGCAGCAUCCGUGAUAACGUACCACAUGCCACGAAAGCCGUUAAAGAAGGGGAUGUUGUCAAGGUGGGCAACCUCCACGUUGAUGUUCUUGAUGUACCAUGCCACACUUCAGGCCACGUCGCCUACAAGGUUUAUAAUCCUGAUAAACUACAGGAUGGAAUCGCGUUGUUUACUGGCGAUACGCUGUUUACCGCGGGGAUUGGUGCCUUUUUUGAAGGUACUGCGCAAGAUAUGUGCAAAGCGAUGCGUAAGAUUUACUACCUUAAUCAAUCUAUGGGUGACAACAUGGAUAGCAAGACGUUUGUGUUCCCUGGUCAUGAGUACACGGUAGGGUUUAUGAAGUUCUCUGAAGCCAACUUUCCUGUCCGCAGUCAUGAGGAUUAUCAGUUUAUUAGGGAUCAGUUGGAGUCGUACCAGAUGGCGGUAGGACGUGGCGCUCCCACUGUCCCUAGCAGUCUCUCAGACGAAAAGAGACAGAAUUUGUUUCUACGCGUCGUCGAGGAAGGGUUUAGACAUAUGAUGGGAAGGGAGAACGAGGUACAGCUCAUGGACUACUUAUACAAUAUUUGCGACUAA